AUGACCACAACACUUCCGUUUCGCAUCACCACCCGCACGAUCACAGACCUCUCCGAGCCAACCACAACACCAACUCCUGAAAGCGAGCACUUCUUCCGUUAUACGAGUGGACGAUGGCUCUGGGAUGAAGAACAGCAGCUCCGGGACAGGUAUAAGGUCUUUGAUGUUGCUGCACUCCAAAGCCUCGCGGCUAACGCCGUUCGAUCAGACAGCUGCCUCUCCAUAACGAAGUUGGCCGAAGGAGGAUAUAAUAAGGUCUUCCGUUUGAUCAUGAAAGAUGGCAAGAAAGUGCUUGCCCGGAUACCAAACCCAACUGCCGGCCCAGCCCAAGUUAACCGCAAGGGCGGCCAGUUCAUGCCUGAUCCCUUGGGCCGAGAUUUCCUUCAAAUUCCCGUGCCUCGAGUCCUUGAUUGGAAUGCCACGUCAAAGAACGCCGUUGGCUCGGAAUAUAUCAUUAUGGAAGAAGCAUCUGGCACACAGCUUGGAAUAGUGAACGUCGAGUCAAAGAUGCUUGCGGCAGUGGAAAGCGCGGUUCCAGCGAUGCUCACCAACGCCGCUUCCUCCGAACUGAAAGAGAGAGUGCGCAAGAGAUUCAGUAUUGGGCCUACCGUCGACCGAAGCUUUUGGAAGAAGGAACGCUCGUCGAUGCAGAUCCCGCGGGGUCCUUGGCGCACGCCCCGAGAAUAUGCGCUAAGUGUCGGUCGGCGUGAACGGGCGUGGAUCAAACGGUUUGCCAUCUCGAAACCAUCAAGCGAAGCUACUCUCGUUUCCCCAGCCCAAAAUAGUCCACAGGCACAUCUGCAGCUGUUGGAGAAGUAUCUCCAAGUGGCUCCUGCUCUGAUGGACAUUGACCCCGUUCUCACUCGCCCUACGUUAUGGCACGGAGACCUUCAUUCAUCGAAUCUAUCUGUUGAUGAUGGCCGCAGUAUUCUACUCCAGCGUCCCGGCAAUUUCGACGAUCUGGACCCAGAGCAGCAAGCGGAGAUCAAGCAAAAAAUCUUCAAAUCGACGCUAUACCAGCUCUAUCUUCUGGAGACGAAAGAGCGGAACCCUCUUCUUGCCCAAGCAUUCCAUCUAGACCAUGGGAAGACAAGGCGUCUACCGGUCGAAUUGGCCGGAAACACAUGGGAUGAUGACAUAGUCUCUUUCCGUGAGGCACUCAUCAACGUUGAAAGACAUUGGCAAGAACUUGGCAUUCAAGGCGGAUGUCCCUAUCAUUUCAUGCAAGAUGAACUACAUAGCCACGCCGUCGAUGCCGAGGGCUGGAAUGAGGUCCAGGAGUUCUUCGACCGUAUAGAAGGUCUUGUGAAACGAGAUGGCUGGAUAUCUCCCGAUACGUUUGACGCUGCCUUCAACUUCUUUUCCGAACUGCGAGAACGUGGCCUGAAGCAUAUGAAGGGGCGAGAAAAGAGAGCUUUUGACAGACAGACUCGUUGGGCGAGAAAACAGGGUGGGUGA